CUCAGCGAUUUUAAUAUGCAGCUCCACAUAGAAGUAAAUGAGAUGUUUUCUGGCAUUUUCCAGUUCUCCGUCCUUUUUAUUCGUCCCCCAGCCUUCACUCCAAUGUGAGCUGAGAGCAAUAUCGAGGUAAGAGAUCAGAUCAUGGCUACCGAUAGCAACCCCAGUGCCACUCCCACUACUGUGGAGGCGGCAUCCCUGCGCAUCUUUGCCGGCGCCGACUCCUUCGGCUGCAAACUGAAGGAUGCCCUAAUUACCCACCUCCGCUCCCUUCCCGGGGUCGAAAUCGUGGAUCUCGGCAUCGACGCGUACUACACCAUCGCCGAACAGGUCGGCCAGCGCGUCUCCUCCGAUUCCUCCGUCUCGACGGAAACACGUGGUCUCCUCGCCUGCGGCACCGGUACGGGUGUCUCCAUCUUCGCCAACAAGUUACCCCGCGUCUACGCCACCACAUGCACCUCCGUCGCCGACGCCGUCAACACCCGAUCCAUCAACAACUGCAACGUCCUCUGCGUCUCUGGAAUGUCCACAUCACCGGAAGAUGCACUCGAGAUUCUCGAUGCUUGGCUCAAAACCCCAUUCAAAUCCCCUUGUCCUGCCUCCGGUGACCAGCCCUGGCCGACCGAUAUUCAAUCUUUCCUCGAGAAUUCCACCGCCGAGAUGGCCCAAAUCCCUAAACCCGAUUCCUCUUCUUCAAAUUGCGCCAUCUGUUGCUUGAGGAAAGAGCUGGUGUUCCAGCCGGUGGAAAUCAUGCCUGGCGCUGAGAUGAAGAUUGUGAGAGAGAGCCCAACCUCAGCGGUGGUAAAGUUUAAAGCUGGAAGCUUGGAGCCGGCUCACCACCACACAUUCGGGCAUGAUGUGCUGGUGAUGAAAGGGAGGAAGAAGGUUUGGAAUUUAGAUAAAAACGAAAGCUAUGAGCUCGGUGAAGGAGAUUACUUGUUUACACCAGCAGGAGAUAAGCACAGAGUAAACUACUUUGAGGACACUGAGUUCUUCAUAAGGUGGGAUGGGGAUUGGGAUAUCUUCCUGGAUGAAAGCCUGGAAACUGCCGCUGAUGCAAUCAAGCUGGAGCUUGAAGGAAGUAAGUGAUGCGCUCUCUUCCAUAUCUUCUGCAGAAAUCGUAUGAGUAAUAAUAUUGAAGUUUGGGAUUUGUGUUGUCGGCAUGCUAUCACUUUGAACAUUAUGGAGCGGUCUUUUUUUUUUUUUUUCGUUUCUUGUGGUUAUAUCUUAGAAGUCUGCAAACAUGUUUGUGUAGUCUCUUUGCUAUCAUUUUGCUUGCGAUUUGUGACCCUACGUAUUGAGUAUCACUGAGUCGGAUUCUGUACUGUGUUUUGGCUUUGUGGCUCAUGCGGAAGGCAAUAAAUGGUGUGGUGGCAUGUAAUAAGAUAUUGUAAGCUUUGCUGAAUAAUAAAGGGUUGCUAUUGGGUCAA